AUGCUGGAGCCGGACAGCGGGCUCUCCCUCACCAUAGCGCGGAUCGUGCAGCGCCUGCAGGGCUCCAGCCUCCACUCCCAGCUGGAGCGACAGGCCCGGGUCAGCCUACACAAACCAGAAAUUAAACUUGAAUCAUUAAAAGAAGAUAUUAAGGAGUUUCUGAAGACAUCAGGGUGGGAGAAGAAGCUUCAGAAUGCUGUUUACAGUGAACUCAAUGUGUUUCCUUCACCCUGCCACCCUGCAGCACCACCUGAGCACAUGAAAGAGCCAUUGGCUUACAUGAGGAAAGCACAGGGGAGCUGGGAGAAGCGCAUUCUGAAGAGUCUCAACAGCAUGUGCACAGAACUCAGCAUCCCACUGGCACAGAAGAGGCCUGUAAGUGAGCAGAAGGAGCUGCUUAAUAAAUGGAAUGAAAUGGGAACUGAUGAGCCAGAUCUCAGUCUCUUCCGGCCUGUGUAUGCACCAAAGGAUUUUCUGGAGGUGCUGAUGAAUCUGCGAAACCCAAACUAUGACAGUGGAGAGCAGCCUAGUUUCAGAACUCACCUGGGCCUAAUUCAGGUGCCACUGAAAGUUAAAGAUAUUCCAGAAUUGAAAGAAGACUUCAGUGAACUAGGCUUAACUACAGGACAGCUGGGCAUUGAUGAUUCAGCACAAGUGCCUCCUGAGUUCUUUGAAAAUGAACAUGUACGUGUUGGACAGAAAGUUUUAGCAGAGCAAGACAGUGCUGCAGCUCAGCAGUAUGUUCGCCAGGGAUGUCCCACUGCACUCCGAGCUGAUCUGUGGGCCCUCAUCCUCAAUAUUUCCAACCAGCCAGAGGAUAUCUUGUAUUAUGAGCAGCUCAAGUCCAACGUGAUUCAGCACGACCUUUUAGUGGACAGCCUGAUCUACAAAGAUGUAAAGCUGACAGCAAGCAACGACGACUACUAUUUUGUGUUUGAGGAUUAUUUAUACCAGGUCCUGCUCUGUUUCUCCCGGGACACAUCCGUGCUGGAACACUUCACCUACAGCAGUGCCACCCCUCCCAAGUCCUACAUCCAAGGCAAACUGGGGAUGGAGGAAUACGCCGUGUUCUACCCUCCGAACGGUGUAAUUCCUUUUCAUGGCUUUUCUAUGUAUGUUGCUCCACUUUGUUUUCUGUACCAUGAACCUCCCAAACUGUAUCAGAUAUUCCGUGAGAUGUAUGUGCGUUUUUUCUUCAGACUUCAUUCCAUCUCUUCUCAUCCCUCUGGCAUUGUGUCCUUGUGCUUGCUGUUUGAGACCCUCCUGCAGACCCACCUGCCUCAGCUCUUCUAUCACCUGCGGGAGAUCGGAGCACAGCCGCUAAGGAUCUCAUUUAAAUGGAUGGUGCGAGCGUUUUCUGGGUAUUUAGCUACAGACCAGCUCUUGCUCCUGUGGGACAGGAUCCUGGGCUACAACUCCCUAGAGAUUCUUGCUGUGCUGGCAGCCGCUGUGUUUGCUUUCCGAGCGGUCAACCUGAUGGAGGUGACAUCACUGGCUGCAGCUGAGGCUGUGCUUGCUGACCUUUCCACCUUGAAAGUCAUGCCUCUUCUGCAGAUCUUCUUGUUUGCUACUGUCACUUGA